AUGGAGGAACCAGAGACUCUCGAAUCUCUGCCCGAGAUCAGCGUGUCAAGCUCGGGAGCUCCUCGAUCAUCGGAGUCUUCUGAUGAAGAUGAUCAGUUUGCCGAUGCAAAAUCUGUUCUAGAGGCCAUCAAUUGCAGCUCACCGAUCCCAAAAAGGAGCCUUGACGAGAGCAACGACCAGCCUUCGCCCGUGCAUGACGAGGUCCCCAGCACCGACGCGCUUGAGGAACGACAAGACAAAGACGAAGACGAAGACGAAGACGAAGCCGAAGCCGAAGAUUACGAUGACGAAGAAGACAAAGACAAAGACCAAGGCCAUCAGGAUCCAGCCGUUUCUGCGGACAAUUCCAUGAUGCACUCGGCAGCAGAGGGCGACGAGGGUCCCGAGUUCGCGGAUAGGGAGGCCUCUGACCAUGAGCCAAGUUAUUGCACGGCCGAAGCCGAGAAUAUUCGCAGUCCAGUUUCCGUGCCGAGUAUUGUAGUACAGUCCGAUGAUGAGAGUCACGAUCGCAAUGAGGAUUUGGAUGAAGAUUUCGGGGAAGACUUUGACGAUUUUGCCGAAGGUGGCCAUCAUGAUGAUGAGUUUGACGACUUUGAGGAUGGCUUUCAACAAGCUCCAGCGACAUGGACAACGCCAUCUCCUAGUCCGAUACAGCCUUCAGCUCUGCCAUUUCCGAUACUUGAGUUUGACGAUUUGAGCACGGACAAAGUCACCUCAGCCACUCAACCGCACAUUGAUGCUCUCUUCCCGCCCGAGGCACUCGACUUUGCAACGCCAGCGCCCCUCCCGAGAGAUUCAUCCACAUUCAUCACACCUAGAUCGGCGUCGCUGUGGUCACAGCUCGUCGCACCCCCGCCGUUGGCACCUCCGGACUGGAUCCGGUCCCGGACGCGCCGCCUGUUCCUCGUUUCUCUCGGUGUACCCGUGGACCUUGAUGAGAUCCUCCCCGCUUCUAAGCAGAAGAAGCUCGUAUUGCCCUCCCUCAACGUCACCGUCAACUCUCCUCGUAACUCGACGGAUUCCAGGGGGGUGUCGCGACUGCGACACGGCGAAAGAAACGCCUCCUCCACCUCGGUGGACACCCAAGGUCGGCCGAAGGAGUCGAAAAGGCGGAAAGGGCCACCGCCGCAGCCGCAGCUCGACCUCGUCGGCGCUCGCUAUCUCUGCACCACGACAGACGAGGCCCUUGACGGAAUGACGAUGGAGGAGCUUGAGUCGCACGUGGCGAAGCUGGAAGACAUGCAGGGCGCGGCAAAGGACGCGUUGGAGUAUUGGCAAAAACGGACAGAUGAGAAGAUCGGUGACCGCGAGGCAUUCGAGGGGGUGAUAGAAAACCUCGUCAAGCAUGCGCGGAAGGUACGCAAGUAG